CGUGACUGCUCACAAAAUGGCGAAUAAAGAAAUUUUGUGUCAACAAUUGACACAUUUUGAUAAAUUUCGUCAUAAUUGUGUUUUCUCAGGAACACUAGCAUGUCCGGUGGUCAUCAAAUUUGUGAUGCCUCAGCAAAAGGAAAAAGCUUUUCUGAAGCCACCGUGGACAUUUCAGCCAACGAAGGUUUUCCAUUAUUUUGCUGUCAGCUUGCUGGUAUAGGAAAAUUGCUUUCUUACCUUGAAGGAAAUCUCGAAAAAAGUGCCGAAAUUGAAAGAUUAGAGAAAUUCUUCGCAGAUAAACAGCACACAGAGUGUCUUCUUUCAUUGGAUAAAAGCAAUGAAUAUAAUGAAUAUAACAUUCAAGUUAUUCUUGCUGCUCAUUUGUUUGGACCAUUGGCAGGCAGUUUCGAGAUUGGAAGCAAAGGCUUCUCAAAGGAUGCAAAACGAUGUCCUAAGUGUGGAAUUGAUAUUAGUGAAAAUCUAAAGAAUACAUCACUUG